AUGUUUGAGGCGAGAGCUCUCAUUUUUUCAGGUGCCUGCCAGAUCAACCUGGAGCUCUACGCCUCCUAUGUGUACCUCAGCAUGUCUUUCUAUUUUGACCGGGAUGAUGUGGCUCUAAAGAACUUUGCCAAGUAUUUCCUGCACCAGUCCCACGAGGAGCGUGAGCAUGCUGAAAAACUCAUGAAGCUGCAGAACCAGAGGGGCGGUCGCAUCUUUUUGCAGGACAUCAAGAAACCAGAUCGUGAUGAUUUGGAGAAUGGGUUGACAGCAAUGGAGUGUCCCUUGCACCUGGAAAAGAAUGUGAACCAGUCACUCCUUGAUCUGCACAAGCUGGCAACUGACAAGAAUGAUCCUCAUUUGUGUGACUUCAUUGAAACCCACUACCUGGCCUGA